UCGACAGUGGUGGCACGAUGGCUUCAAUGAGAAUUAAAAGAGUGCAAAGAACAGAAAAUUGCAUUAUGCAUAAGUCGCUAGAGCUUAAGCCAUUAUCGAAUCCCUCCACGUAUCCAAACAUGGACAAAUAAAGAUACAGAGAAUGCCAAUAAGAGAGUGAGAGAGAGAGAGAGUGCGAAGCAAUCCAAGAGAUACGAUUCGAAUAAGAGAUAGAGCGCUACUUGUCUAUUGGAACCGUAUAAAACAAGUGUGUCCAUAUUAUGCCCCAUCAUUGGAACUCCUCCGCUUGACCAUGUACCUCCGUCAACAACUCUGGGUGCUCUUGCUCUGGCUCUGCUUCGUCGUUCUCAGCGUGCAUGGCAUGCCGUGGAAAUGGGGACCUGCCUCCAAUUCUGGACCGCAUGGCGGACCCGCCUGGAAUGGCGGAGAAGACUCCACCGACAAUAUAAUCAUCCAUUCGAAAAACACCGGGAAGUGGCGUUACUAAUCUUAUCCAAGUGACAGAGGCGUGACCACAACCAAGUCAAGCUGCAUUUUACAGUAAAUUUAUGAAUAAUUUUACAACUACUUUGCUUUGCAAUUGAUUUUCGUCGAACCGUACUCCAUUUGUAUGCUAAUACUUCAUUCAUGGUCACACUCACUUAAAUAUAGUCACUUCUAUGACAUUUAAGUAUAAACCUUUACUAUACUGUAUGAUCCAAAAUAUUUCAAAGAGAUUAAAAGCCUAAUAUUGCAAAAUGAA